AUGGGCUUCUUUUCAACAACCGAACUUUCAUCAUCAUUCAAGAAGCCAUUGUCUGCUCUUCACAGUUCAUACAAGUAUAUCAAACUAGAAAAUGGGCUCAGAACAUUGCUAGUAUCCGAUCCCAAAUGUACAGUUACCUCGGCUGCCAUGUGUGUAGGUGCUGGUUCACACAGCGACCCUGAUGAUCUUCCUGGACUAGCACACUUUUGCGAGCACAUGCUUUUCAUGGGAACUGUUGAAUUCCCUAACCCCAAUGAUUUUCGGUCCAAAUUGAGUUCAAUGGGAGGCAACGCAAAUGCGUAUACGAUGGGUGACUAUACAUGUGUAUACUUCGAGGUUCCAAUGACAGAUACACUAGCUGGUGAUGAAUUGGGAUUGAAUUAUUUAAUGAAAAAUUUCAGCUCCUUUUUCAAGAGACCAUUAUUUACAGAAAGCUAUAUGAACAUGGAAGUGAAUAGUGUUGAUAAUGAGCAUGAAGGAAAUGUUGUCAACGAUGAAAAGAUUUUGUAUCAUGGAUGGAGAUUACUCAGUAGCGAGGACCACCCAUUCCAUAGAUUUGGAACAGGCACUAAGAGCACGCUAAAUUCAAAAUGUACCCAAAAAGAGAUGAUCAAGUAUUACAAGGCCAACUUUGUGUCGACUAACAUGGUUUUGGCUCUAAAGAGUCCUCUAUCGCUUAACCAAUUGCAAAAGCUAGCUGUAACAAAUUUUGCAAGCAUCCCGGAGAUGAGAGAAUCAAUAGGAAAGCCUCCAAAUUACAAAAGACGAAGCAAGACAAAACCUAGGGACUCGCCUAUCAUCGAUCUGGAAUCACUGGAUGUGAGAAGCGAAAUAUUCCCAUCUACAUGUACGGGAAGAUUAUUAUACAUCAAGAGUGACAAUGCUUCUCAGGUGCGAUUGUUCUUUCCUAUUCACAAGUUUGUAAAUACCUUUUAUGAAAGCGUCUGGUGUUCACUACUUGGCGAUGAGUCCUUAGGAUCUUUGUGCGAUUAUCUAAAAAGGGUGAAGAAAUGGGUCACCUCCAUGUACGUUUACAUUCAAAGUCUAUCAAAAGGAAAUAAGAUCUUUGUGAUGGACUUUGAAAUUUUAAAGUCUUUUAAUUUGGAGGAAGUAAUUCAUAUUGUGCAGAGCUUUGUUGACCAGAUAUUGAAUUCCAAGUUGACAGACUUGGGCGUUGUGUUGCGAGAAUAUUCUCGAGUUUUCAAGUAUCAAGCAUAUUUUUCCGAAAGUGAGGCUACUACGGUGAUGGAGGAAGCUUCAAAUUAUGCGCUAUGUUUGAUGGAGAAUCGAUUUCAUGAUCUAGAAAACUUGGUCAUGGGAGAUUCCUACAUAUUUGAUGGGAAUGUUAAUGAUUUUGCCAUCAAAACGAUGGAGCUUUUUGAUAUCCUGUCGUUGAAUGCAAUAUGCCUAUGUAACGAUGCCGAUUGGAAAGGCUUAACGCCAGCUAAUCUAAUAAAAGAUCCUUAUUAUCGAUUUAUAUAUGGAAUCACCAGUUUGCACUAUUCGCCCCUUAGAAAAGCGAUUCCGAGCUUUUUCAUACUUCAACGAAACCCUUUUAUUACAAUGACACAUCAAGAAUUAGAUCAUCAGAUGAAAAACUCACGCUACACGAAGCCAUAUUUAUUGGAAACUACAAACAAGAUACCCAAAUUGAUCGACUAUUCGAUGUUUCAUGAAAUUUGGCAUCUAACGUCUAAUUCAUUCAAUGUGGCUAUUUCGCUCCAUAUGUGUUUUUCCAAUAUUGAAAACACACCUUUGAGUUUGGUGGCAAUUGAAUUGAUUGCCGAAUACAUAGGACAAGAAUUGAAGAUCUUCUUUUACCAAGCUGAAAUGGCUCAAUUCUCUUGGGGUAUCUUUGCAAAUUUGGUAACUACUCCUUCUUUGGCUUUUGAGAUUCGGGGUCCCCUAUCUGGCCUUCUCUACUUUUUGAAGGAGUUUAUCGUGAGGGUCGAAAACUUGAUUUCAUCAUUCAAUUUGGAUUAUAGAAAGUUUGUCGCAAUGAAGCUUCAAAUGCGCCGCAAUUAUGAUGCUUUAGAACACGGCGAAACAAAUGCUAAGAUUGUAGCAGCAUCCGUGAUGGCUUUGGAACAGGGCGUUUUUGGUAUUGACGACAGACUCGAAGCUGUUGAGCUCUUAGAAACUAGUUACCUUGCUCAUGUAUGCGAUUUGAUACUCCAUGAUUUCAAGCAUAUUGAUAUUCUUGUCACUGGUGGUGACAGACAAUUUGCUAUGGAUGCUUGUAAGGUAAUCAAUAUAAUAACGUCACACGAAAAGAUUCAUUUGGCCAAGCGUCUGUUUACCUUUGCAUCUAGUAUAAACUUGAAAACAGGAAGGAAUUAUGAUUUAAUGCUUGAGAAUUUGAAUGUGAAUGACCCUAAUGAUGUUGUUUACUACUACAUCCAAUUAUGCUCCAGAAAGGAUGAGAAGCGAAUCGUGGGACAGUUUUUGGCGUAUCAUAUGAACCAAUUUGUUCGAUACCAACUUCGUACUAGAAAGCAAAUUGGGUACUUGAUCUUGAGUGGAAUCAGAUUUAACAAGCUGACAAUUGGACUUUACAUUCUUGUCAAUAGUGCAUCCUAUGAUUUUUACCAAAUUUUACUGGAGAUUGAGCUGGUGGUAUUCGAGUGGGAAGUUCAGGUGCUAACAAUGACAGAGGAUCAGUUAAAACAGCAGCUAAAAUCGUUUUUGAAGAAACAAGAUCAAGAAGAAUCUGACACUAUUCCAUCAAACAUAUCAGCAGCCACCAAACCUAUUCAACACAGCGAUAAUUUUACUUCAACAAAGCAACACUUGAUGCUUUUUGAAAGCAUCACGACAAAGAAUUACGACUUUGAAAACUGUCGAAAUGGGUUAUCCAGCGCUCAACUCAAUACCAACAUCAAGCUCGCUGAAGUUAUAGAGUUUUUCAAGAAACACGUAUCCAUCAAGUCCACACACCGAACCACGCUAUCAAUUCUUGUGUCAUCUAAGAAAGGAAAGAUGAAGAAGGAGUUUGAGGAAAACAAGGAGAUUUUAAAGUCGUUGAUAGGCGGGAGUAAUUAUCUGUUAACUUCGUUACAAUUGAGUACCCUACUAAGAGAAUCAAGUAAUGAUAUUUCGAUAGUGAUUCAGAGGUUGAAAAAUAUCGGUUAUAAUAUAUCAACAAAGCAGAGCCGUGGACUUCAUAAGAUUCUAUAUGCGACAAAGGGUUACAAGGCAGGAAACUCCAAGGAGCAAGCGAGAUUGAAACAAAUGUGUGUCGCCAAAUACGGAGAAAAGUACCUUGAUAAUCAAAGAGUGUUGCCUCGAUUAAGAGUGAGAAAUGUGGCAGAAAUUCACGACGAAGCAGCUUCAAUGAGACGAAGUGACCAUCUAACUCAAUUGCGAGAGAUUUUUGAUUGUGAAGAUGAGGACACAUGA